AUGGGCGCCGACAAAGCCACCGCCCCAGAAACCACGAUCCACGAGGUUGCCGGCCCCCUGAGCAGCAGCAGUAGUAGCAAUGCACCUCCACCGCCGCAGCCCGCCGGCUGGGGCAAGGGCCCGUCGCCGCCGGACCCAGACGCGUUCGCGCGGGCCAAGGCGCACCGGCGCGAGGCCGAGGCGCGCGGCGAGGACCCCUACGCCGAGUACAAGCGCAAGGUGGCGGCGACGGAGCCCAGCAGCUCCGGCACCGAGCGCGUUUACCGCUGGGCCCAGCGGAAGCUGCACCACGGCGGCGGGGGUGAGCGACACCAGUGA